AUGUCUAGCAUUCGCAACGUCAUUGUACUCGGCUCCACCACUGACUUUCGUCAAAUAGACAACCGGCACAAUCGGCCAAGAGAUCGUCAAAGCCCUGCUUCCAUGAAAGCAGGAAGCCCCAAUCUCUUUGUCACGGCUGCCCGACAACGACAACAACAGUCCAAACCCUCCACGGCCCCGUCGUCCUUUCCACCUCACCCCCACCUCAAGGAGGUAGAAGUGGACUACGAGUUCCCUGCCUCGCUCACGCAGGCUCUCGCCGACCAGCACGCCAUCGUCGAAGCCUUCAACCCCAGCGCGACCAUUCACCAGGAGCGCAUCGUGCGCGCCGCCCUCGCCGCGCCCUCAGUCCAGCGCCUCAUCACCCCGGACUUCAGCAGCGACACCUUUCACCCGCACGCCAACGGGUCGACCCUGUACUGGACAGCCCUCAUCACAGGCCCAUUCUUCGAUUGGGGUAUUGCCCAGGGCAUCUUCUGGGUGGACCGCACUAUCCGAAUGGUGACGGCCUUCGGGUCCGGUGCGCAGCGCGUCAACAUGUCCGGGGUCGAUAUGGUAGGCCGCGCGACGGUGGCCGUGCUGCGCGACCCGGGGCGCUUUCGCGAUCGGCCCGCGUACUUUGCGGAUUUCACGGUUAGCUCGAAGGAGUUGUUGGGGAUCUUGCAAGGAAGGGAGCUGCAGCGGCAGCGGCAGCGGCAGCAGCAGCAGCAGGAGAAGAAGGGGGGCGAGGAUGAUGGUCGCGCGUGGGCCGCGAAUCCUGCGCGUUGGAUGGAUGGCUGGAGUUGGCCCGGGGGCUCUGGGAUCGGGGUCCCGCGGACGGGGUCCAGGAUCGGCUCAAUACGCGGGCGUAUCAGAUGCUGGGGACGGAUGGGAUCUUCGAGGAGGGGAAUCGGUAUGGCGCAGACGCUGGCGAUCGGGUUGAGGCGGGGUUUGGGAAGGAUAGGGAGGGGUUCUGGAGGAAUGUGUUUAGGGCUGUGGAUCGAGGACGAUUGGGGUAUCAGGGGUAUUGCACACUAG